CCAUGGAAUUGAUAUUAAUGUGAACUUGAUAUUGAUUUGAAAAAAUGCAUUCUAACGUGAUAGUUGUUGCAACGGCUGUUGUCUUGUUGGGUCUUGUGGAUUACUCGUUGGCCAAUAAGGCAAAGACUUGCUAUUCCUGUGAGGGAAUCAAUUGUAUGCGCACCUCAGUGACUACAACUAAAACAUGUUCGGAUCCAUUGGAUUAUUGUGUUACCGUCUUUGACAAAUUCAAUGUCAUACAGAAAGGCUGUUCAUAUGAAGUGCCGGAAUAUUUACGUCAACGGUGUGAUGCCAAUACAGUGGAGUGUCACAAAUGUAAUUCAGAUCGUUGCAAUAAUUUGGGCCAAGUACAGUUUGCCUGCAUACAAUGUGAUUCCAGCAAGGACAGUAACUGUGCUUCCUCUGCCUCUCAAUUGACCGCUCAACGUUGUGGUUCUCCCACUGCUCCCAAUUCUUAUUGUUAUGUUAAAUACGAAAGCGGCACAACCAAACGUGGCUGCUCAACUACUGUAGCCGAUCAGCUAGCCUGCUAUGCCGAUGCCAAUUGUUCACUUUGUUUAGCCGGCGACAUUAGUGGCUGUAAUAGCGUAGAUUUUACUCCCGGCACAAGAGCUAAUCGUCUAUAGAUAUUAAUUGUAUACCUGUAUAUUAUCAAUGAAAUCAAAAAACAAAUUUUGCACCCGUCUAGUCGUACGUCAAUAGAAUUGAUUCAAUAACAUUUUGUGGACGUCUGACUGGCGUACUCGUUUAAUAAAGAAUAAACUAAUAAACGAUAA